AUGGAUGUAAUUAUGGGACACUGUGUGGGCACACGGCCUCUUCCUUCUUGCCUCGUCCUCCUGCUUUUCAAGCUGUUGGCCACUGUCUCCCAGGGGCUACCAGGGACUGGACCCCUGGGCUUCCACUUCACACAUUCCAUUUAUAAUGCUACCGUGUAUGAGAACUCAGCAGCAAGGACCUAUGUCAACAGCCAGAGUAGAAUGGGCAUCACCUUAAUAGAUCUGUCCUGGGAUAUCAAGUACAGAAUAGUGUCCGGAGACGAGGAAGGCUUUUUCAAAGCAGAGGAAGUCAUCAUUGCAGAUUUCUGUUUUCUCAGAAUAAGAACUAAAGGUGGCAAUUCUGCCAUAUUGAAUAGGGAAAUCCAAGAUAAUUAUUUAUUGAUAGUAAAAGGUUCGGUCAGAGGAGAGGAUUUGGAAGCAUGGGCCAAAGUGAAUAUACAAGUUUUAGAUAUGAAUGAUCUGAGACCUCUGUUUUCACCCACAACAUACUCCGUUACCAUAGCAGAAAGCACACCUCUAAGGACUAGUGUCGCCCAGGUGACCGCCACAGACGCGGAUAUUGGUUCCAAUGGAGAAUUCUACUACUACUUUAAAAAUAAAGUUGAUCUCUUUUCAGUUCACCCCACGAGCGGUGUCAUCUCCUUAAGUGGCCGAUUAAAUUAUGAUGAGAAGAAUAGGUACGAUCUGGAAAUUUUGGCUGUGGACCGGGGAAUGAAACUGUAUGGAAACAAUGGAGUCAGCAGUACCGCAAAGCUUUAUGUUCACAUUGAACGCAUAAAUGAGCACGUGCCAACAAUCCAUGUAGUCCCUCACAUUCCUUUCUCAUUGGACAGAGAACCGACAUAUGCCGUGGUGACAGUUGAUGACCUAGAUGAUGGGGCCAAUGGAGAGAUCGAAUCUGUUUCCAUCGUGGCUGGGGAUCCUUUAGAUCAGUUCUUUCUGGCUAAGGAAGGAAAGUGGUUGAAUGAGUACAAGAUUAAGGAGAGGAAGCAGGUUGACUGGGAGAGCUUUCCCUAUGGAUACAACCUCACUCUUCAAGCAAAAGACAAGGGAUCGCCUCAGAAAUUUUCAGCGUUAAAGACAGUCCACAUAAGAAACCCCACAAGAGACACCGUCCCAGUUAGAUUUGAAAAAGAAGUGUACGAUGUGAGCAUAAGUGAAUUUUCCCCUCCUGGUGUCGUGGUUGCUGUAGUAAAAUUAAGUCCUGAACCGACAGAUGUGGAAUACAAAUUAUCUCCUGGUGAGGAUGCAGUGUACUUUAAAAUUAAUCCUCGUUCAGGCUUGAUUGUUACAGCACAGCCACUGAAUACCGUUAAGAAGGAGGUUUAUAAACUGGUGGUGACAAAUAAAGAAGGAGAUUUAAAAGCACAAGUCACCAUCAGCAUAGAAGAUGCGAAUGACCACACCCCGGAAUUUCAGCAACCACUGUAUGAUACUUUUGUGAAUGAAAGUGUCCCUGUGGGAACCAGCGUUCUAACGGUUUCAGCUUCUGAUAAGGAUAAAGGAGAAAAUGGGUACAUCACCUAUAGUAUCGCCAGCCUGAAUUUGUUACCAUUUGCCAUUAACCAGUUUACAGGUGUUAUUAGCACAACCGAAGAACUGGAUUUUGAAUCCUCCCCAGAAAUUUACAGAUUCAUUGUUAGAGCCUCUGACUGGGGUUCACCGUAUCGCCAUGAAAGUGAGGUCAAUGUGACUAUUCGAAUAGGAAAUGUCAAUGACAACAGCCCUCUCUUUGAAAAAGUGGCUUGCCAGGGAGUUAUUUCAUAUGACUUUCCAGUUGGUGGCCACAUCACAGCAGUCUCGGCGAUCGAUAUUGAUGAACUUGAACUUGUGAGGUACAAAAUCAUUUCUGGAAAUGAACUUGGCUUCUUUUAUUUAAACCCAGACUCCGGUGUUUUACAGCUUAAAAAAUCGCUGAUGAAUUCUGGCAUUAAAAAUGGCAAUUUUGCCCUCAGAAUUACAGCAACUGAUGGAGAGAAUCUUGCAGAUCCCAUGUCUAUUAACAUUUCAGUCCUACAUGGGAAGGUGUCUUCAAAGAGCUUCAGUUGCAGAGAAACUCGUGUGGCUCAAAAGCUGGCAGAGAAACUACUCAUUAAGGCAAAAGCAAAUGGGAAACUGAAUCUGGAAGAUGGAUUUCUUGACUUUUAUUCAAUUAAUAGGCAGGGACCACAUUUUGACAAGUCUUUUCCUUCUGAUGUGGCUGUAAAGGAGGAUCUGCCAGUUGGUGCUGACAUUCUGAAGAUUAAAGCCUAUGAUGCCGACUCUGGCUUCAAUGGAAAAGUGCUAUUUACAAUAUCUGAUGGAAAUACAGACAGUUGCUUUAAUAUUGAUAUGGAGACUGGGCAGCUUAAAGUCCUCAUGCCUAUGGAUCGAGAACACACAGACCUCUAUCUCCUUAACAUCACCAUCUAUGACUUAGGUAAUCCACAGAAAUCAUCAUGGAGACUGCUGACCAUCAAUGUGGAGGAUGCUAAUGACAAUAGCCCGGUUUUUAUUCAAGACAGUUACUCAGUUAACAUUCUUGAGAGUUCAAGCAUCGGUACUGAAAUCAUUCAAGUGGAAGCCAGAGACAAAGACUUAGGUUCUAAUGGUGAAGUGACUUACUCAGUCUUGACAGAUACACAGCAGUUUGCCAUCAAUAGCUCAACUGGAAUCGUUUAUGUAGCUGACCAGUUGGACCGGGAAUCCAAAGCCAAUUAUUCUUUGAAAAUAGAAGCCAGGGACAAGGCAGAAAGUGGUCAGCAGCUGUUUUCCGUUGUCACUCUUAAGGUGUUUUUAGAUGACGUCAAUGACUGCUCCCCAGCUUUCAUUCCCAGUAGCUAUAGCGUGAAGGUUCUUGAAGAUCUCCCUGUUGGCACGGUCAUUGCUUGGCUUGAGACCCACGAUCCAGAUCUUGGACUGGGGGGUCAAGUGCGCUAUUCUUUGGUCAAUGACUACAACGGGAGAUUUGAAAUAGACAAAGCAAGUGGCACUAUCCGCUUGAGCAAAGAGCUGGAUUAUGAGAAGCAGCAGUUCUAUAACCUUACUGUGCGGGUCAAAGACAAAGGGAGGCCUGUCUCUCUGUCGUCUGUUUCCUUUGUUGAGGUGGAGGUGGUGGAUGUCAAUGAAAACCUCCACACUCCCUAUUUCGCAGACUUUGCUGUUGUUGGAUCUGUCAAAGAAAACUCGCGCAUCGGGACAAGCGUCCUGCAGGUGACCGCUCGAGACGAAGACUCCGGAAGGGAUGGAGAGAUCCAGUACUCCAUCAGGGAUGGCAGUGGUCUUGGAAGAUUCAGUAUAGACGACGAGACUGGGGUCAUCACUGCCGCAGACAUUCUUGAUCGGGAGACAACAGGGUCAUACUGGCUGACAGUGUAUGCUACAGACAGGGGUGUUGUUCCACUCUACUCCACCAUUGAGGUCUACAUUGAAGUUGAAGAUGUGAACGACAAUGCCCCGCUGACCUCAGAACCUAUAUAUUAUCCUGUUGUCAUGGAAAACUCUCCAAAGGAUGUAUCUGUCAUUCAGAUUCAAGCUGAAGAUCCUGACUCCAGUUCCAGUGAAAAACUGACAUACCGGAUUACAAGUGGGAAUCCUCAGAACUUUUUUGCCAUCAAUAUCAAAACAGGUCUGAUUACAACAACUUCAAGAAAAUUGGAUCGAGAACAGCAGGCAGAACAUUUUCUGGAGGUGACUGUGACAGAUGGUGGUCCUUCUCCAAAACAGUCAACCAUUUGGGUGGUGGUUCAGGUUCUGGAUGAAAAUGACAACAAGCCCCAGUUCCCGGAGAAGGUCUACCAGAUCAAGCUGCCGGAACGUGACCGAAAGAAGAGAGGAGAACCGAUUUACAGGGCUUUUGCAUUUGAUAGAGAUGAGGGCCCCAACGCAGAAAUCUCCUACAGCAUUGUGGAUGGGAAUGAUGACGGAAGGUUCUUUAUUGACCCUAAAACUGGGAUGGUUUCUUCUAGAAAGCAGUUUACAGCAGGGAGUUAUGACAUCCUAACGAUAAAGGCAGUGGACAAUGGGCGCCCACAGAAAUCCUCCACGGCCCGCCUCCACAUUGAAUGGAUUAAGAAACCACCCCCUUCACCUAUACCAUUGACCUUCGAUGAGCCGUUUUAUAACUUCACGGUCAUGGAAAGUGAUAGAGUGACUGAAAUUGUAGGGGUGGUGUCUGUGCAGCCAGCUAACACCCCUCUGUGGUUUGACAUAGUUGGGGGGAAUUUUGACAGCGCAUUUGAUGCAGAGAAGGGUGUCGGGACAAUUGUCAUCGCAAAACCUUUGGAUGCAGAGCAGAGGUCCGUCUAUAACAUGAGUGUGGAAGUCACCGAUGGGACAAACGUUGCUGUCACUCAGGUAUUCAUCAAAGUGCUGGAUAAUAAUGAUAAUGGCCCAGAAUUCUCUCAGCCGAAUUAUGACGUGACAAUUUCCGAGGAUGUGCUUCCAGACACAGAGAUCCUGCAGAUUGAAGCCACAGAUAGAGACGAGAAACACAAGCUGAGCUACACUAUUCACAGCAGCAUUGACUCCAUCAGCAUGAGAAAAUUCCGGAUUGACCCUAGCACUGGCGUGCUCUACACUGCGGAGAGGCUGGACCAUGAGGCCCAGGACAAGCACAUUCUCAACAUAAUGGUCAGAGAUCAGGAGUUUCCUUAUCGAAGAAACUUGGCCCGAGUCAUUGUGAAUGUGGAGGAUGCUAAUGAUCACAGUCCUUAUUUUACCAACCCACUGUAUGAAGCAUCUGUGUUUGAAUCUGCUGCUCUGGGAUCAGCUGUUCUACAAGUGACGGCUCUGGACAAAGACAAAGGGGAAAACGCAGAACUCAUAUAUACCAUAGAAGCAGGAAACACUGGGAACACGUUUAAGAUUGAACCAGUCCUAGGCAUCAUCACCAUUUGCAAAGAACCAGACAUGACGGCGAUGGGUCAGUUUGUUCUAUCCAUCAAAGUCACAGAUCAGGGAUCCCCGCCGAUGUCUGCCACUGCAAUUGUGCGCAUUUCUGUUACCAUGUCUGAUAAUUCUCACCCCAAGUUCACUCACAAAGACUACCAAGCGGAAGUAAAUGAAAAUGUCGACAUUGGAACAUCAGUCAUUCUAAUCUCUGCCAUCAGUCAGUCUACCCUCAUUUAUGAAGUCAAAGAUGGAGACAUUAAUGGGAUCUUUACCAUAAAUCCAUAUUCUGGAGUCAUCACUACUAGGAAGGCCCUGGAUUAUGAGCGCAUGUCCUCUUAUCAGCUCAUCAUUCAGGCCACCAAUAUGGCAGGAAUGGCUUCCAAUGCAACAGUCAAUAUUCAGAUUGUUGAUGAAAAUGAUAAUGCCCCAGUUUUUCUCUUUUCUCAAUACUCGGGCAGCCUAAGUGAGGCUGCCCCCAUUAACAGCAUUGUCAGGAGCUUGGAUAACAGCCCACUGGUGAUUCGAGCCACAGAUGCUGACAGCAACCGGAAUGCUCUCCUUGUGUAUCAGAUUGUGGAGUCGACAGCCAAAAAGUUUUUCACAGUGGACUCGAGUACAGGUGCAAUCAGAACAAUUGCCAACCUAGACCAUGAAACCAUUGCCCAUUUCCAUUUCCAUGUGCAUGUGAGAGACAGUGGUAGCCCCCAACUGACUGCAGAGAGUCCCGUUGAAGUCAACAUUGAGGUGACAGAUGUGAAUGAUAACCCACCUGUUUUUACUCAGGCUGUGUUUGAGACUGUCUUACUUCUACCUACCUAUGUUGGAGUGGAGGUUCUGAAAGUUAGUGCCACAGAUCCUGACUCUGAGGUACCCCCUGAACUGACAUACAGCCUAAUGGAAGGCAGCUUGGAUCAUUUUUUAAUUGACUCAAACAGUGGAGUGCUUACCAUAAAAAACAACAACCUCUCCAAGGAUCACUACAUGCUGAUAGUUAAAGUGUCCGAUGGGAAGUUCUACAGUACAUCCAUGGUCAACAUCAUGGUUAAAGAAGCCAUGGACAGCGGCCUCCACUUUACACAAAGCUUCUAUUCCACCUCAAUCGCGGAGAACAAUAUUAACAUAACCAAAGUCGCUAUCGUCAAUGCUGUUGGAAACCACCUUAACGAGCCCUUAAAAUACAGCAUCUUAAACCCAGGAAAUAAGUUCAAGAUAAAAUCUACCUCAGGGGUCAUUCAGACGACUGGAGUCCCCUUUGACCGUGAAGAACAAGAGUUAUACGAGCUGGUGGUGGAAGCCAGCCGUGAGCUGGACCAUCUGCGUGUGGCCAGAGUGGUGGUCAGGGUUAACAUUGAAGACAUAAAUGACAAUUCUCCGGUCUUUCUGGGCCUCCCUUACUAUGCUGCUGUUCAAGUGGAUGCCGAACCAGGGACUCUGAUUUACCAGGUGACAGCUAUUGACAAAGAUAAAGGUGCAAAUGGAGAAGUGACCUAUGUCCUCCAGGAUGACUACGGCCACUUUGAAAUUAAUCCUAAUUCAGGGAAUGUUUUUUUAAAGGAAGCGUUCAACGCCGACUUGUCCAACAUUGAGUAUGGAGUCACCAUCCUAGCCAAGGAUGGUGGAAAACCUCCUUUGUCUACAUCUGUGGAGCUUCCCAUCACUAUUGUCAACAAAGCAAUGCCUGUGUUUGAUAAGCCCUUUUAUGCAGCAUCGGUCAAUGAAGACAUUAGAAUGAACACACCCAUUCUAAGCAUCAAUGCCACCAGUCCAGAGGGCCAAGGCAUCAUAUAUAUCAUUAUCGAUGGGGACCCUUUUAAACAGUUUAACAUUGACUUUGACACUGGGGUCCUGAAAGUCGUUAGCCCUUUGGAUUAUGAAGUUACAUCCGUUUACAAGCUGACAGUAAGAGCCAGCGACGCCCUUACUGGUGCUAGGGCUGAAGUCACUGUUGACUUGCUGGUUAAUGAUGUAAAUGACAACCCCCCUAUUUUCGAUCAGCCCACCUACAAUACAACACUGUCAGAAGCAUCUCUCAUCGGGACACCUGUUUUACAAAUUGUCUCUACUGAUGCAGACUCGGAAAACAAUAAAAUUGUCCAUUAUCAGAUUGUCCAGGAUACCUACAACAGCACGGAUUAUUUUCACAUAGAUAGCUCCAGUGGCUUAAUCCUGACAGCACGGAUGCUGGACCAUGAAUUAGUACAACACUGCACUUUGAAAGUCAGAUCAACAGACAGUGGCUUCCCAUCACUGAGCAGUGAGGUUCUGGUUCAUAUCUAUAUCUCCGAUGUAAAUGACAACCCUCCGGUUUUUAAUCAGCUCAUUUAUGAGUCAUAUGUGAGUGAAUUAGCCCCCCGGGGCCAUUUUGUAACCUGUGUACAAGCCUCUGAUGCAGACAGUUCUGACUUUGACCGGUUGGAAUAUAGCAUUUUAUCUGGGAAUGACAGGACGAGCUUUCUGAUGGACAGCAAGAGUGGAGUUAUCACAUUGUCCAACCACCGGAAGCAGCGGAUGGAGCCCCUGUACAGUCUCAAUGUGUCUGUCUCUGAUGGGUUGUUCACCAGCACCGCACAGGUGCAUAUUAGGGUACUUGGGGCUAACUUGUACAGCCCUGCCUUUUCACAAAGCACGUACGUAGCUGAGGUGAGAGAGAACGCGGCUGCUGGAACAAAGGUGAUUCACGUUCGAGCCACAGACGGUGAUCCAGGGACUUAUGGGCAGAUCAGCUAUGCCAUCAUCAAUGACUUUGCCAAAGAUAGAUUCCUCAUAGACAGCAAUGGGCAGGUCAUCACCACGGAAAGGCUAGACCGGGAAAACCCUCUAGAAGGGGAUGUUAGUAUUUUUGUGAGGGCCCUGGAUGGCGGAGGGAGAACAACGUUCUGCACUGUGAGAGUGAUUGUUGUGGAUGAAAAUGACAACGCUCCCCAGUUCAUGACAGUGGAAUAUAGAGCCAGCGUCAGGGCAGAUGUGGGAAGGGGCCACUUGGUCACUCAGGUUCAAGCCAUAGAUCCUGAUGAUGGCGCAAAUUCAAGGAUUAUUUAUUCCCUCUAUAGCGAGGCCUCAGUUUCAGUGGCCGACCUCCUGGAAAUCGAUCCUGACAAUGGCUGGAUGGUCACAAAGGGUAAUUUUAACCAGCUGAAAAAUACAGUGCUUUCGUUCUUUGUCAAAGCAGUAGACGGGGGCAUCCCAGUGAAGCACUCCCUCAUUCCUGUCUAUAUCCACGUCUUGCCCUCUGAAACAUUCUUGCCAUCCUUCACCCAGUCUCAGUAUUCCUUUACCAUUGCAGAAGAUACAGCCAUUGGGAGCACAGUGGACAUCCUGAGGAUUUUGCCCAGUCAGAAUGUCCGGUUCAGCACAGUUAAUGGGGAACGGCCAGAAAAUAACAAAGGGGGUGUAUUCAUCAUAGAGCAGGAAACGGGUACUAUUAAGCUUGACAAGCGCCUCGACCAUGAAACCAGCCCAGCUUUCCACUUUAAAGUAGCAGCCACGAUUCCCCUGGACAAAGUAGACAUUGUGUUUACUGUGGAUGUAGAUAUCAAGGUAUUGGAUUUGAAUGACAACAAGCCAGUCUUUGAAACUUCAAGCUACGACACCAUUAUAAUGGAAGGGAUGCCGAUUGGCACCAAACUCACACAGGUGAGAGCUAUUGAUAUGGAUUGGGGAGCCAAUGGGCAGGUCACUUACUCCCUCCACUCAGAUUCCGAGCCGGAAAAGGUAAUGGAAGCAUUCAAUAUUGACAGCAACACAGGCUGGAUCAGUACCCUGAAGGACCUAGAUCAUGAGACAGACCCCACAUUCACCUUCUCGGUGGUGGCCUCUGACCUUGGAGAGGCGUUCUCUCUUUCCUCCACAGCCUUGGUCUCUGUCAGGGUGACAGAUAUAAAUGACAAUGCGCCAGUCUUUGUACAGGAAGUGUACCGAGGGAAUGUGAAGGAGAGCGACCCACCGGGUGAGGUGGUAGCUGUCCUCAGCACCUGGGACAGAGACACGUCCGACGUUAAUCGUCAAGUGAGCUACCAUAUUACAGGAGGAAACCCUCGAGGAAGGUUUGCCCUGGGCCUGGUGCAAAGUGAGUGGAAAGUCUAUGUGAAGAGGCCUCUAGAUAGAGAAGAACAAGACAUUUACUUUCUCAAUAUCACUGCCACUGAUGGGCUGUUUGUCACACAGACCAUGGUGGAAGUGACUGUCAGUGAUGUGAAUGACAAUAGCCCAGUGUGUGAUCAGGUUGCAUAUACAGCGUUACUUCCUGAAGAUAUUCCAUCAAAUAAACUCAUCCUGAAAGUCAGUGCAAAGGAUGCUGAUAUUGGAUCCAAUGGAGAUAUACGGUACACACUCUAUGGAUCUGGAAACAGUGAAUUUUUUCUAGAUCCAGAAAGUGGCGAGUUAAAGACCUUGGCUCUGUUGGACCGGGAGAGGGUCCCUGUGUACAGCCUGAUCGCCAAAGCCACCGAUGGGGGUGGCAGAUUCUGCCAGUCCACCAUCCACGUAAUCCUGGAGGACGUGAAUGAUAACCCCCCUGUGUUUUCUUCUGACCGCUACAAUGCCUGCGUCUAUGAGAACACAGCCACCAAGGCUCUGUUAACCAGAGUUCAAGCCGUGGACCCUGACGUUGGCAUCAACAGGAAGGUAGUGUACUCCCUGGCAGACUCAGCAGGUGGGGUCUUCUCCAUUGACAGCUCAUCUGGCAUCAUCAUCCUGGAGCAGCCACUGGACCGAGAGCAGCAGUCUUCUUACAACAUCAGCGUGCGGGCCACCGACCAGAGUCCCGGACAGUCCCUGUCGUCUCUCACUACUGUCACCAUCACCGUCCUGGACAUUAAUGACAACCCCCCUGUGUUUGAGAGGAGGGACUACCUAGUGACGGUGCCUGAGGACACCUCGCCUGGCAGCCAAGUCCUAGCCGUUUUUGCCACCAGCAAAGAUAUCGGCACAAAUGCUGAGAUCACUUAUCUCAUCCGGUCUGGGAACGAACAAGGGAAAUUUAAGAUCCACCCCAAGACAGGUGGUAUUUCUGUGUCUGACGUCCUGGACUAUGAAUUAUGCAAAAGGUUUUACCUGGUAGUGGAAGCCAAAGAUGGGGGCACCCCAGCUCUCAGUGCCGUGGCCACGGUCAACAUCAACCUCACAGAUGUUAAUGACAACCCUCCCAAGUUCAGCCAAGAUGUCUACAGUGCGGUCAUCAGUGAAGAUGCCUUGGUGGGAGACUCUGUCAUUUUGCUAAUAGCAGAAGAUGUAGACAGCCCGCCCAACGGCCAGAUCCAUUUUUCCAUUGUGAACGGAGAUCGGGACAAUGAAUUUACUGUGGAUCCUGUCUUGGGACUUGUGAAAGUUAAGAAGAAAUUGGACCGGGAACGGGUGUCUGGAUACUCUCUGCUUGUCCAGGCAGUAGACAGUGGCAUUCCUGCAAUGUCAUCAACUGCAACUGUCAACAUUGAUAUUUCUGAUGUGAAUGACAACAGCCCAGUGUUUACACCUGCCAACUAUACUGCGGUGAUUCAGGAAAAUAAGCCAGUGGGCACCAGCAUCUUGCAGCUGGUGGUGACAGACAGAGACUCCUUUCACAAUGGGCCUCCCUUUUCAUUCUCUAUUUUGUCGGGAAAUGAAGAGAAGGAGUUUGUGUUGGACCCUCAUGGGAUCCUGCGGUCGGCUGUGGUCUUCGAGCACACAGAGUCUCCGGAAUACGUGUUGUGUAUCCAGGCCAAGGAUUCAGGCAAACCGCAGCAAGUUUCUCACACCUACAUCCGCGUGCGAGUCAUUGAGGAAAGCAUCCACAAGCCCACGGCCAUUCCCCUGGAAAUUUUCAUUGUCACCAUGGAGGAUGACUUUCCUGGUGGGGUCAUUGGGAAGAUUCAUGCCACAGAUCAAGACGUGUAUGACGUGCUUACGUUUGCCCUGAAAUCGGAGCAGAAAAGCUUGUUUAAAGUGAACAGUCACGAUGGGAAAAUCAUUGCCCUGGGAGGCCUGGACAGCGGCAAGUAUGUCCUGAAUGUGUCCGUGAGUGACGGUCGCUUCCAGGUGCCCAUUGAUGUGGUGGUGCAUGUGGAGCAGCUGGUGCACGAGAUGCUGCAGAACACGGUCACCAUCCGCUUUGAGAACGUGUCCCCCGAGGACUUCGUGGGGCUGCACAUGCACGGGUUCCGACGCACCUUGCGGAACGCGGUCCUCACCCAGAAGCAGGACAGCCUGCGCAUCAUCAGCAUCCAGCCCGUGGCGGGCACCAACCAGCUGGACAUGCUUUUUGCAGUGGAGAUGCACAGCAGCGAGUUCUACAAGCCAGCCUACCUGAUCCAGAAGCUGUCCAACGCCAGAAGACACCUGGAGAACAUCAUGCGCAUCUCGGCCAUCCUGGAGAAGAACUGCUCAGGGCUGGACUGUCAGGAGCAGCAUUGUGAGCAAGGCUUGUCACUGGAUUCCCACGCUCUCAUGACCUACAGCACGGCUCGCAUCAGCUUCGUGUGUCCGCGUUUCUACCGGAAUGUACGCUGCACCUGCAAUGGUGGACUGUGUCCGGGGUCCAACGAUCCUUGUAUGGAGAAGCCGUGUCCAGGGGACAUGCAGUGUGUCGGUUAUGAAGCCAGCAGGCGACCGUUCCUCUGCCAGUGUCCACCAGGGAAGCUCGGAGAGUGCUCAGGGCACACUUCUCUCAGCUUUGCUGGAAACAGUUACAUCAAAUAUCGGCUUUCUGAAAAUAGCAAAGAGGAAGAUUUUAAACUCGCUCUGCGUCUUCGAACCCUGCAAAGCAAUGGGAUUAUAAUGUACACCAGAGCAAAUCCCUGCAUAAUUCUGAAGAUUGUGGAUGGCAAGCUGUGGUUCCAGCUGGACUGUGGCAGUGGCCCCGGAAUCUUGGGGAUCUCAGGCCGUGCCGUCAAUGACGGGAGCUGGCACUCGGUCUUCCUGGAGCUCAACCGCAAUUUCACGAGCCUGUCCCUGGAUGACAGUUACGUGGAGCGGCGCAGGGCGCCCCUCUACUUCCAGACGCUGAGCACCGAGAGUAGCAUCUACUUCGGCGCCCUGGUGCAAGCAGAUAACAUCCGCAGCCUGACCGACACGCGGGUCACGCAGGUGCUCAGCGGCUUUCAGGGCUGCCUGGACUCAGUGAUACUGAAUAACAACGAGCUGCCGCUGCAGAACAAGCGCAGCAGCUUUGCCGAGGUGGUGGGCCUGACGGAGCUGAAGCUGGGUUGCGUGCUCUACCCCGAUGCCUGCGAGCGCAGCCCGUGCCAGCACGGGGGCAGCUGUACUGGCCUGCCGUCUGGAGGAUACCAGUGUACCUGUCUCUCACAGUUUACGGGGAGAAACUGUGAAUCUGAGAUUACGGCCUGCUUUCCCAACCCCUGCCGGAAUGGAGGAUCCUGCGAUCCAAUAGGAAACACUUUCAUCUGCAGUUGUAAAGCUGGGCUCACUGGAGUUACGUGUGAGGAGGACAUCAACGAGUGCGAGCGGGAGGAGUGCGAGAACGGCGGCUCCUGCGUGAACGUGUUCGGCUCCUUCCUCUGCAACUGCACGCCGGGCUACGUGGGCCAGUACUGCGGGCUGCGCCCCGUCGUGGUGCCCAACAUCCAGGCCGGCCACGCGUACGUGGGCAAGGAGGAGCUCAUCGGCAUCGCCGUGGUGCUCUUCGUCAUCUUCGUCCUGGUGGUCCUCUUCAUCGUCUUCCGCAAGAAGGUCUUCCGCAAGAACUACUCCCGCAACAACAUCACGCUGGUGCAGGACCCGGCCGCGGCCGCGCUGCUCAACAAGAGCAACGGCAUCCCGUUCAGGAGCCUGCGCGGCGGCGGCGGCGGCGGGGACGGCCGCAACGUCUACCAGGAGGUGGGGCCCCCGCAGGUGCCCGUGCGCCCCAUGGCCUACACGCCCUGCUUCCAGAGCGACUCCAGGAGCAACCUGGAUAAGAUCGUGGACGGGCUGGGGGGCGAGCACCAGGAGAUGACCACGUUUCACCCCGAGUCGCCCCGGAUCCUGACGGCCCGGCGGGGCGUGGUCGUGUGCAGCGUGGCCCCCAACCUCCCGGCCGUGUCCCCCUGCCGCUCCGACUGCGACUCCAUCCGGAAGAAUGGCUGGGACGCGGGCACGGAGAACAAAGGGGUUGAUGACCCGGGAGAAGUGACCUGCUUUGCAGGCAGUAAUAAAGGCAGCAACUCUGAAGUUCAGUCUCUCAGCUCCUUCCAGUCAGAUUCCGGUGACGACAACGCCUCCAUAGUGACUGUCAUUCAGCUUGUCAACAAUGUAGUUGACUCUAUAGAGAAUGAAGUGUCUGUCAUGGACCAAGGACAGAACUACAACCGAGCCUAUCACUGGGACACCUCUGACUGGAUGCCAGGGGCCCGGCUGUCAGACAUAGAGGAAGUGCCCAACUACGAGAACCAGGAUGGAGGGUCUGUACACCAGGGCAGCACACGGGAGCUGGAGAGCGAUUACUACCUGGGCGGAUAUGAUAUUGACAGUGAAUACCCACCCCCUCAUGAAGAGGAGUUUUUGAGUCAGGACCAGCUGCCUCCUCCUCUCCCGGAGGACUUCCCGGACCAGUAUGAGGCCCUGCCACCCUCCCAGCCCGUCUCCCUGGCCAGCACACUGAGCCCAGACUGCAGGAGAAGGCCCCAGUUCCAUCCUAGCCAGUAUCUCCCUCCUCACCCGUUCCCCAAUGAAACGGAUUUGGUGGGCCCGCCUGCCAGCUGUGAAUUUAGUACUUUUGCCGUGAGCAUGAACCAGGGCACGGAGGCCACGGGCCCAGCAGAUGGCGUGUCUCUGUCCUUGCACAAUUCCAGAGGCACCUCAUCCUCAGAUGUGUCGGCCAACUGCGGCUUUGACGAUUCUGAAGUAGCCAUGAGUGAUUACGAGAGCGUGGGAGAGCUCAGCCUCGCCAGCCUUCGCGUUCCUUUCGUGGAGACUCAGCACCAGACUCAAGUGUAGAUACCACAUCUCGGGUACUUCACCCUGUUUUGUUACUGAAGAGUGGAAGCCGAUUGGCUGGGCUCGUGUCUCAGUGGCGAAUCAUCUGUGGAAUGAGAAGGCAAGACGGUAUUUUCCACAAGAAACUUCUUCCCAAGUCAUGCUGUCCCGGCAAGCAAGCUGGAUUCGAGUUGGGCCAAAAGGAAAGACUGAGAAAUUGUUUUUGAGCGGUGACUGGUAAUCCUUGAUGUGGGUACCUGUGUUCAUGGCUAAAAAUGCAAAGAGGGAAAAACCAUUUCACCCACUAAGUUAUGCAGUCUCGUAUGGCUUUGAGCAGUCUUGUGCCCUGCAAAGUGUUACAGCAUCAGUCCUUGCAGUAUUAAAAACUGUCAACAAAGAGGCAUUGUUGCAUGUAAUUUUGAGCCAAUGAAAUGACAAUAGUACUGACUCCUACUUGGAAAAGUUAGUCUCUUAGGUGAAAAGAAAACAGAAACAGAUUUAUUAAACAAGAAAGUGGGCUGAAGCCUUUUAAAGCAACUAUUUUUUUUUAUAAGCUGCCCAAUUUUCAGCUAUAAAAUUAGGUUUGAAUAACAUGUUUAGUAUGCUCAGUUAUUUGUGUUAAGCAUCCUAUCUAAUAUAGUUGGGUUUUAUGAUCUUCGAGAAAGGUGUCAAUGAAGAGCAACAGGCGGCUUUUUGGGUUCCAUUUGUUGGGUGGGGGAGGAGCUUAAAGUUGUUUCCACAUUAGAGUGUGAUUAUCUGGUUUGUUUUGUGCUUUCUGGUAAAUAUUCCUGUUGGUAAAUCUAGUAUUGCUGCAGAAAUUGGCUUUGUACAGGUUCACCACAAGGAGAGAUCUUUAGAAGGUUAAGCAAAACUCGACUUCCAGGGGAUAAAAAGAAAAAAAUACUUUCAAAGUUUACAGCCUAGAUAGUCGCAAUUCUUGAUGAUGCCAAGAAAAGUUUUGUUUUUCUAAAUCGGUAGUGUCACCAUUAUACAUAGAAUUAUGUUAAGGAAAAAGUAGACUAGUUAUUGUGUAUAAAUGAUCAUAUUGUGUGUGUGUCUGGGCCUAUGUACAAAUACGUGCUUGCCCUCAGUAAGGCUGCUCUUGAGGAAAGCUAAUGUGAAGGUUUUGGGAAAUGGACCAUGGUGAAAAUCCUGCCAGCGAGCAUGGCAUACCUUUCGAUUUCUCUGCUCUCUAUGGUGUUAGAGAAACAUCAAAUGCCAUAUUUUACUCCAGUUAACUUUAUUUUGGUACGGCCAAUUACAUUAACUUAAAGCAAAAUUGUGCUUUUUGUGUUUGUUUUUUUCUCUAGAGACAGUCUUGCUCUGUCGCCCAGCCUGGAGUGCAAUGGGUGCAACCUCAGCUCACUGCAAACCUCCGCCUCCUGGGUUCAAGUAAUUCUCCUGCCUCCGCCUCUGGAGGAUCUGGUAUUACAGCCACGUGCCAUCAUGCCUGGCUAAUUUUGUGUUUUUAGUAGAGACGGGGUUUCACCAAGUCAGCCAGGUUGGUCUCAAACUCCUGACCUUGUGAUCUGCCCCUCUCAGCCUCCCGAAGUGCUGAGAUUCCAGGCAUGAGCCACUGUGCCUGGCCUGAAACUGUGCUUUUUAAAAAGAGUAUUUUGUUGUAAUUUUUCCAGAACUAACCUGUCAUUUUAAAAUGUGUCAUGUUUGAUUACACGCUGGGAUUCCCUUCUCAUCUAUGGGCUUUGGCCAUAACUUUCCAAAAUUAAUAGGAGCAUCAUUCCACUGGAAAUAUAACUUAGUCCUCAAAACUGAAAGUUGACAAGUGAGUGACUUUCCUCCUUUACUUCAGAUUGUGGCUGCCUGUGCAGUGGCCAUAGUAAAUAUGCACAUUUGCACUAUCUGCUUAAUGAGCAAAUCUGUGUCCACAGUUUGAGGACAUAUGGCAUUGGUGUGUAAACUGUCCCCAGUCUGUCCAUCAUUCACUCACACGUAUUUUUAUCGUUUCAGUUGUGUUUAAUCCACCUGCUGUUUAGGAGUCAGUGUUUCUGAACGUUUAUGCUCAAAAAAAAAAAAAAAACAAACAAACAAAAAAAAAAAAAAAACACCAUUUUUCAUUCCCAAACUUUCUAAGAAUAAAGUCUUUGGUAUUUUUCUUAGGUAAGAGGCACAUUUGCAAGAAUCGUGGGAAAAAGUGACAAACUAAUGGUCUAGCAUAGCGUCACGGCUGCACUCUUCGUAAUGCAAUGACAUAAAAACCCUCAAAGUAAAACCAACAAUUCAUUUCUCGCCCCUAGGAAAUUUUAGAGCGAGAUUAACGCCAGUGAGUCACUACUGCUUACACAGCAUCUCUUCAAGGGAGAAUGCCCGACUCAGUAAUGAAAGGCUAGAUAGAUCCUAAUGCAGUUGUGAAGUCACUGAAGAAAAUCGUGCCACCCUUUGCUGUGACCCACAUAAAAUACUUUUUUCUUGGGGAUAUCGUCCCCUAAUUUUCUGCAGAAUAGCUCUGCAGCUAAAUAUCUACCAGGCAAGUAUGUGUUAUGUUUUGAUUCGUUAUCUUUAAACAUAAGGUGAUCUCUUCACUUUCUGGAAAGGUAGGUUUCCCUGUCGAUGAUGAAAUGCUUUGCAGUCAGGCCAAGAUGCUACUAGGUGGGGAUGACUACCGAUUUUAAAAAGCUGGAAGGGUCCUAGUUGCUAGUCGAAGCUCGUUAUCAAAGAGGAAGCAUACCUAGAGAGGGGAAGGGACUUGCCCAAGCUCACAGAGGAAGUUGAUUAACGUAACGAGGACUAGCACCCAUCCAUCUAUCCAGUCUUCUCUUUACAUCAUAUUGUUCACCCCUACCCUACACCUUGAGCAUGGGAGCCACCUGGUUCUAAUAGACGCUCCAACUUCCACCAUUCCUUCUUUGGAAUAUGCUCUAAGAGAAAAUUCAUGGACUGUAUUUUUCUGGAAGCCUCAUGCUCUUGUUUCCUGACAACUCCCCCCCCCCCACCGCCCUCACCCCAGGAAGAGGGGUAUAGAAUUCCCAUUUCUUUAGACAUUCGUCAAAAUGCUGCUUUUGCCAAAUGAAUGUUUGUAUACUAGGGAUGAAAUGAUCAUUACAGAGUUCAGCUGAGGCCAGUCAUCAGUUGUAGUUAAACUUUGAUUUUACUGUUACCUACUGGUUGCAUUUUUGGUUUUGGUUUGGCAUUUUUUCUUCCCACUAACACUGACUACCGUUGGUCCUACCCCCUCCACCAUGAUGAAGCAUAUGGAAAACAUUUAAAUCAAUUAGUGUAUUUCUCCUUUUUCUAACAUCUAUGUGCCACCUCCUGGAAGCCAUUUCCCAUCAUCUGUUGUAGGCACUUUGCUCGUAUUGCACACAUUCUGGUUAGGUUGAGAAUAGCUAGACUCUUGGUGCUUGUUAUAUAGCAAGCAAGAGCUUGUGGGUAGUAAAAGGUGAAUAAAGUGCAUGCUUCAUUUAUUUCCUGUCCUCUAUGAAUAUUUUGCUGCUGCGUUCCAAUCUAUGCCAGCUUUCCAUGUACCCUUGUCCUGUCUAUGCAUGAAAUGCCAUGUAAGAGACUUAGUAACACGAGUAGGUCGUCCAUGCUUUGAGGUUCGUCUAAUUAGGGGAUCAAUGUGAAAGCAAAGAAAGGGAACUCAUUUCUGGAAUUUGCCCGGAACUUCCCUUGGAAAUCACUAGCACAUACGUGCAAAAAAACAGCAAACAAAACCUAUCUACCAUCAGCUCUCUCCUCCAUACCUCCCACCCCACCCUACCCACUACUCCCACUGAUGCUAUGUUUGCAUCAUCAAAGUCAGGGGAAUGGAGAAAAGAGAUCAUCAAAAUAAAGAUCUUGAAAACAGUUUUAUAUGAAGUAAUUCAGGAAGAUCUAGUGUUCAUUUUGCACGGAUUGUCCAGGUAAUUGUCUGGCUCUUCACUCCGCUGCCUUCCCAGUGCACAAGUAUUGCUGAAGUGGUUAGGCUUUAAUGUUUUAUGUUUUUAGUUUCAAACCACGGGAAAUGGAGAUCUGAAGAGGCAUGGAUUCCAUGUCAUCGCUGGGUGUGCUCUGUGAGAAGGUGGUUAUGUUUUUGCUGGUUCGUGUCCCACGGUGUUCAACUGCACAUUAUUCUGAUGAAAAUCCGCAAUGUCUUUGAGCUUCUGGUUGUGUAAUGCUGGGAUUUAACGUCACCGUUUGUGGGUUUGGCAUCAGUUAAUUAUUUCGCCAGCUGGCUAAAAGAUAGGCAAAGAAUAUAUUUCUUAUGUAAUAAUGAAAAGCAAUAAUUACAAGUAGGUAAUAAUACACAAAGGCCAUAAUUAGUCUCUUCCAGUGUUUAGGAUGCACUUGAGAAUCGUAUGGAGCGUGUCUGGUACCGGAAUUGCUACUAUUGAACAAUCUUAUGAGCCCACACUACUGCAUUUUGGGAGUGGCAGAUGUGUUUGGAAACGGAAGCAGUUCUUUCUAAGCAUUGUAUCAGAGAGAGUGUCUUGUACAUUUACCUGUUGCAAACAGGCUGGUUUGUAAAAGAUGUAUGUUUUGGUGUUUAAAAUGUUUAUAAAGUUGUAUAUAAGUGGUUUCAAUUUUCCAAGCUUUUGUAGAUACUCUAUUUGAUGCCUAUCAGGAUGCUUUAAUUUGGGGGGGUCGAAUAUAAAUCUAGGUCAUUCACGCUGUUGGUCUGCAAACUUUUGCGGUAACUACACACACACACACACACACACACACACACACACACGGAUUUUAGAUUUGACAAUGUUUUUUAAUCAUUUCAAAAUGUACUGUAACCUUUGUUUGGUUCUUACGGUUUUCAUUUAAAUUUCUCCGUUUAAGAAAAAUGUUUUUAUCGACAUUUGUAAAAAAUGUUUUGCCCAGUUAUUCAGUAUUUUUAUGCAAUUUAAGUCACAGUGAGUUAUGUCAUUUCUUCAUACACUGUACACUCACCUGAACUUGCACACACAUCACACACCAAACCUUAUGCAAUGGGGAAAGCUAACAGUGGAUUUUGUCCCUUAAGGAAAUGGAUUGUUCCUGCAUCUAUUGCUGGUGGCAGUAUUCAGUCUUGUGUUUUUUCUUAAACAAAAAGCAAACAAAACAAGACAGCCAAAAAAAAAAAAAAAAACAAACACUACAGUGUACAGGUUUGUAACUGCCAAAAUUUGAUGGUUAAAACAACUUUUUGAGUAAAAAGAAAAAAA